AUGUCUACAUCUCCGAACAAAAACGUGCAAAGGCGUAAAAAUGCCAAAUCCAAAUCAAAUCACCCAAAUGACCGAGAUCAGCUAAUGAACUCAACGGCAAACGAAAGACUUCAAUCGGACAGAGAAAACAACAAGCACCACCAGCGAAGUGGUGGUGGUGCGGGAGAGAGGCCAGCGGCAGCGGCAACUAUUGCCGCACUGAAUAUUAUUCAAGCUAGAGCACAUAGCUUAUGCAAUGGCGGUGGCUUAAUAACUCCAUUCAUCAACUGUUGCCGCGAUGUAAAUUGUUGUUGUCUAAAUGCUAAUUCUUGCCAUUCAUGCCAAACAGCAAAUACCUGCCAUGUAAUACCAACAACAACUAUAACUAACGCAGCCACUGUCGCAGCAGUAACGCCAGUCAAUGAUUUAAGCCGUUCUCGUUCAGGUUCUAGCUCUCGAGUGGAGGCAAUCUCAGAACCGGUGAAAGAAAAAUCAAGAGAACCUAGUCAAAGCAGAGAGAAAUUAAUAGAAGCUAAUGGAAUUGAAACCUCAACACCCGCCACCGAUACGGAAGAUAAACGUUUUAUCUUAACAGUUGACUUGGAUCUGUUUUCAUGGCUUUUAUUUGCCCUGGCAUUUGCAACACGUUUCUAUAGACUCACCUAUCCGCGCAAUGUUGUCUUUGAUGAGCUGCACUAUGCCAAAUCGGUGGCCCAUUAUAUGCGCAAUCAAUUCUUCUUCGAUACCCAUCCACCAUUGGGUAAACAAUUAAUUGCCGCUGUGGCCGAUUCAAUUGGCUAUGAUGGCAACUUCACGGCCACAAAUAUUGGUUCAUCAUAUCAGGCAACAUUUCCCCUAUUUUGGAUGCGUUUUUUACCAGCCCUAUGUGGUAGUCUCUUGCCCUCCGCGGUUUAUAAUCUAAUCAAAGAAACCGGUAUAUCACGUUGGGCAUCCGUUUUGGGUGGCCUAAUGGUACUCUUCGAUAAUUCCAUGUUAAUACAAUCACGCUUGAUAUUGAUGGAGUCGAUGUUGUUGUUGUUCUGCACAUUGGGCCUUUAUUUUCUGAUGCGUUUUCAAAAGACCAAAGUAAUGUAUAUCGGUUGGAUAUUAAACGGUUUGGCAUCGGCCACAUUUUUGACAUUUGCAUUCAGCGUAAAAUAUGUGGGAUUUUUUACCUAUUGUUUGGCAAUCUAUUUGAUAGUGAAAUAUCUGUGGGAUCUGCUGUACGAUGCUACAAAGACAAAUACCUAUAUAAUACUCCAAACGGUUGGCAAUAUCAUCAUCUUUACCAUAGUACCAAUUGCCGUAUAUUUACUUAUAUUCUAUAUGCACCUAACCACCCUCUACAAAGCCGGACCACAUGAUGCCAUUUUAACGAGCGCCUUUCAAGCCUCACUGGAAGGUGGACUCGCCUCAAUAACACAAAAUCAGCCACUCAAAGUUGCCCAUGGAUCACAAAUUACCCUAAGACAUACACAUGGUGCCUUGUGUUGGUUACACUCGCAUGCCCUUGUCUAUCCGGUACGAUAUCCAGAUGGUCGUGGGUCAUCACAUCAACAACAGGUUACAUGUUAUCCCUUUAAGGAUGUUAACAAUUGGUGGAUUGUCAAGAAACCUAAAUAUGAUGAUAUUGUUGUGGGUGAGAAACCACAAUAUAUACGUCAUGGUGACAUUAUUCAAUUGGUACAUGGUAUUACAAGUCGGGCUCUAAAUAGUCAUGAUGUGGCCGCGCCUAUUACGCCCACAUGUCAGGAAGUUUCUUGUUAUAUUGACUAUGGUAUCGAUAUGAAACCGGAGCUGUUGUGGAAAGUCGAUAUUACAAAUAGACAUAAGGAAGGUUCCAUUUGGAAAACCAUUAAAUCAGAAGUACGUCUAAUACACGUAUCCACAGGGGCUGCCUUGAAAUAUACCAAUAAAGUUUUACCCGACUGGGCCUACAGUCAACAAGAAGUUGCGGCCGAUCGUGAUACAAACGGCAAGGAUGUUAUUUGGAAUGUUGAGGAGCAUAGAUAUACAAGGGAUUCCGAUAGAGCCGAACGUGAACGAAAACUCAUGACGGCCGAAAUGAUUCCCAUGGAACCAACGAAGCUAUCAUUCAUCAACAAAUUUCUGGAGCUACAAUAUAAAAUGCUUGUACACGAUACCCAAGUCGGUAAUCAUAUGUACAGUUCAGAUCCCUUGGAUUGGCCCCUAUUAAGUAAAGGCAUUGCCUAUUGGGUAUCAGAUAAAUCCAAUGCCCAAAUCCAUCUGCUGGGAAAUAUUCUCAUCUGGUAUACCUGUACCCUGGGCAUAAUUGUCUAUUUCGGUCUAUUCAUUUUCUAUUUAUUACGACGUCAACGUCUCUGCUAUGACAUCGAUGAAAACGAAUGGAAUCGUCUACUCACUGUCGGCCAUAUCUAUUUUAUUGGCUAUCUAAUACAUUAUAUACCAUAUUUCACAAUGGACACUACCCUAUUUCUGCACAACUAUAUGCCAGCAUUUCUAUACAAAGUACAAUUACUCUGCUUUGUUGUCGAUCACAUUGAAUAUUUACUCAGGCGAUUUUAUGGUUCCUCCAAAUGGAUUGUAAACUCAUAUCGUUUGGCCGUGCUGACAUGGUUUGUGGCCGUUAUUAGUGUCUACAUACGUUUCCUGCCAAUUAGCUAUGGCUGGAAGCCACUCACAAUCCAAGAUAUACUCGAUUUACGGUGGAAGGACACAUGGGACUUUGUAAUACAUGCAACAAUAAAGCACCGUGUGCCGUAA